GGCGGAAGUACGGGGGCUUCCGGUUGGUGUCCUGCGCGUGGAGUGCGGUCGUGUUUCUCAGGUAAAGCAUGGCUAAAAGCUUAAGGAGUAAGUGGAAACGGAAGAUGCGUGCCGAGAAAAGAAAGAAGAACGCCCCAAAGGAGCUCAACAGACUUAAAAGUAUUCUCAGAGUUGACGGUGACGCUCUCAUGAAAGAUGUCGAAGACAUAGCGACUGUGGUGGUCCCCAAACAGUGCCAGGAGAAAAUGCAGUGUACGGUGGACGAUGAAAAGGAUGACACAAAAAUGGAGAUUGAACUGAAGAGAAACAAGAAGACCCUUCUAGACCAGCAUGGACAGUACCCAGUGUGGAUGAACCAGAGGCAGAGGAAAAGACUGAAGGCAAAGAGAGAGAAAAAACGGGGAAAAAGCAGAGCCAAGGCAGCGAAGGGCCUGGCCUGGUAGACCCUUGAGAACUGGAAAGUGGUGGUACAUGUGCCUUUAAUCCCAACCCGUAGGAGGCGGAGACAGGCAGAGCUC